ACUACUACCUACUGAAUCACCGAAAUCCCCGGAGUCGCUUGCAUUGCAAAGCGAACUUCAGAUUUAGAACCUUCAAAUUGUGAAAUAGUGUUUGCGGAAGAUAAACAACUUUAACCGGCAGUAAUUUGAUUGCGACAUUUAUUACAAUAGAUCAUGUUCGAACGUUAUCUGGCUGCCUUGGAGUAUCCCGCAGAAGGAGGUAUCAACAUAGAUGAUCCGAAGGAAUUCCGUAACAUUAUCCUGUGGUUAGAGGAUCAGAAAAUUCGCCAUUACACAAUCGAAGAUCGGGCCAACCUUAGGAAAACAAACUCGGCAGCCGAGUGGGAUCCGGCCUACGAAAAAUACAAGCUAGAUUUAAAGUUUCCCAGAAACUUGCAGUCCAAAGCCGAAGAGUUAACGUGGCUUUUUCUAUAUGCCAUAAAACUCGAAUAUUCGGACAAUGUCGAUCGUUAUCGACCGAUGACCGCUGCCCGUAAGCUGGAUGAGGAGAAAAAGGCCACAGCUGCACCGGAAAUCAAAUCCACAAAUCCGUUCGACAAUAUCGAUUUCACCAGUAAGGAUUUCGAGGAAGGCUCACGAAAGUUGGCGGAAAAGCUAGGAGUCGCGUAUCAUCCCGAUCAUUUAGUGUCGCUGAGGGCGUCUGGUCGCGUUAUCUCUACCAUGUUAAACAAGGAUGUGCUGAAAGAACCGAUUAUCACGGGGAAACCGUUUCCAAUUGACGAGGGUAUCGGUAUGGGGUACGAGAAAGACCCGGACUUGGAGAAGGCAGCCCGCAUUCUGCGGUUGUUGCAGAUUCAAAGUCUUCGGAAGCUGCAAACUGCUAUCAAUGAAACAAUUGUUUCAGUGCAGAAUAUCACCGCAGAUCCACGGACAGAUACUACUUUGGGUAAAGUAGGAAAGUAAGGGGCAUUUUCAAAUUGAUAAGAGCAUGUGUUCCUGAGCAUCUAUUUCUAAUUUAUCACUGCAGUCAUCAACAAUAAAAUCUAUAACUUUAUUAA